AUGGAAGGGGAUGGUCCUUUGGCACAGUUCAAAUUCACAGAAAAUUAUCCCCUUCUGUAUGAUUCAACAAAGGCCCAGCAGAAAUCCAGUGGUCCUUCUAGAAACGAACAGUAUCCCCCUUACCAAUUCGCCAUUGCAUUCCUUUACCAAGGAGAUCAGCACCUUGUAGAACCCCUUUCUAAGUGGUGGAGCAGCCUUGUUUUUUGUUCAAGGAAGGUUAAACAUGGUCCUCCCCUUUAA